CGGCAGGGGGCGCUGUCGCAGGCGCCGCCGGGCCUCCAAGAUGGCGCAGCCCCCGCCGCCGUUCCCGGGCCGCUUCGCGCCGCCGCCAUUCCGCGCCUUCCCCCCUCAGGCAGCGGGGCCGUUCCCGCCGCCUCCCGCUCCGUUCUCCGUCCCGGCCGCCCGCCCGACUCUUCCUCCUUUCCUCCUGCCUCCUCCCUCCGAGCCCGGCCCGUUCUUCCCUGCCCCCCGCGGCCCCGCCGCCCCGCCGCUUUUUCCCCCGUGGCCUUCGGCCGAGCGGCCGCCGCCCUCGCGGGACCCGGAGGACGAGGACGCGGCGCAGCGGCAGCGCGAUGAGCAGUGGCUGGCGCAGUUCCUUGCCCGGCGCGGCCCUCCCGCCGUGCCCCCGCCGCCUCCCGACGCCGCCAGCCCCGAGCUCGGGCGGCAGCUGGCCGUGCGGGCCCUGGGGGCCGUGGGCCGCCUGGCAGCGCUGUGCCGGGCCCUGCGGCGGCGCGAGGCCGAGGGACGCGAGGAGGGCUGGGAGCGGGAGCGGGCCGAGGCCGAGGCGCUGCUGGAGGGGCUGCGGGAGGCGGUGCGGCCGCUGAGGGAGCCCGGCUACCUGCGGGAGCUGGGCAGGAAGGCCGAGAAGGCGAGGAAGAGGAGGGAGCGGCUGCAGAGGAGGAAGCGGGAGGCCCGCGCGGCCAAGGAGGAGGAGGCGGCCCGCGCUGCGGAGCGGGAGGCUGAGAUCGACCGAUGGAGGGCCAAGUGCAUCCAGGAGGUGGAGGAGAAGAACCGGGAGCGGGAGCUUAAGGCUGCUGCAGACAGUGUCUUAUCUGAAGUAAGGAAGAAGCAAGCAGAUACAAAGAGAAUGGUGGACAUCCUGGGCGCCUUAGAAAAGCUUCGGAAACUGAGAAAAGAGGCUGCUGCCAGGAAAGGUGUUUGUCCGCCUCCCUCAGCAGAUGAAGCAUUUGAAAAUCAGGUGGAAAGUCUCAGAGCAUUGCUCAAAAAUCGCACAGAGCUGUAUGAAGCUGAGGAGAGAGCACUGAGAGUGAUGCUGGAGGGAGAACAGGAGGAGGAAAGGAAGAGAGAAAUGGAAAAGAAACAGAAGAAGGAAAGGGAAAAGCUUCUACAGCAGAAACGUGAAAUUGAUUCCAAGCUGUUUGGAGAUCCAGAUGAAUUUCCUCUCGCCCAUCUGCUGCAACCUUUCAGGGAAUAUUACUUACAAGCUGAGCAUUCUGUAGCAGCUCUAAUCCAGAUCAGGCACGAAUGGGAUCAGUACUUGGUGCCCGCUGAUCACCCCGAAGGAAGCUGCAUCCCUCCAGGAUGGGUUCUUCCGACUCUCCCCACGAAUGACACUUGGGCCACUGCUGUCAGAUAACUCAGCAAUAAAUUAUUGUUGCACUGGAGGAGUGUUUCAUUGUAAUUGGUGGUGGCAGUGUGCGAGGACCCAGCGAGGAGGUGGCCCUUGGGUCCUGGUUGUGCUCAGGAAGCCUGUAGCCAGGGACUGGAAUGCCUUGAAGAGGACUGUACAAGAUGGUUUUGUUUCCUAACUGCAGGGAGAUAUCUGAGUGACUCCAAGGCUGUCAGCCCUCUCGUAGCACAGAAUUACGAUGCUGCUGUGAGUUCUUAUUAACAAAUCACAAUCUUAAUAAAGUAAUGUUGCUGACAAGGUGA